AUCUGCUCACAUUCCCAUGUGGGUUACCAGCAUUUUUGGGUUUUCCUACUGACAGUUCCUACCUGACCAUCUGAUAUCCAUCUCAUCUGCGUACACUGGGAUGAUGGACGGCGUCUGGAGAAGACAAGCUGAGCCGGCCAGUGGAUCUACUGCAGACCGUGAGCUGCCUGCUGAUUUACACACACUGGCAGCGAAGCACAGAGGCCUCAAGAGACGGUGCCCUCUACCCCUCCAUUUUUUCUCCCCUAGUUCCUCCACCCUCUGUCGUCCUCUCGCUGCCACCAACGGGCGUCUCUGCAUUCACUGGGCCGGGUCUGACCAAAGAGCUCCCCCUCUCCCAGCUCCUCAUCUCUAACAAGACGUUAGUCUGGAGGGCUUGUUAUCCACACAUGAUCUUGUGACACACAGAGGGGCUGUUCCCCUGUGCCAAGACACACAUUCAUGCCUGUGUUUUCAAGGCAGAGGAGCUUGGUUUCACGCUGAUCAGCCCUGAUUCCAGGAGACGAGGAGCUGUUGCUCGCCUUGGUACAGUGAUCACGCCCGUCUCCAGUAAUUGCUACAUCCGUGCACCAACAGGCGACAGCAUUUGGAGAAGAAAUAGCAGAUCCACACUUGAUGACUGAAUGACGGGCAUCUGGAGCAGUGAUUGCCCUCCAGGAAUCCAAACCCACCUCGCUGGUCACUAGUGAAGACGGGGGAGUGCUGUCGUGUCGAAGAAAGCUUCAACGCUGCUUCCCAUAUUUACACCAGGAGAAUAAAAAAGACCGCUUCCACUUUUCUGCCAUUCACAAAAGAGCUCCAGCAGCCAGAUGGAGCCCAAGUCCUCACUGAAGCACGACAUCCCUCCUCAUUUAAAUGGACAUUUAGGUUAUGGAGCAGCCGUCAUAUCUGGGCACAUCAGCAGUCAACACUAUCACAACAAUACAAGCAGGCAAAAAAGUAAAGUUCGUCUCAAUGACCAGCUCAUACCAAAACCAACUGAUAUAAAUAUGGCGGAGAAAAUGAUAAAGACUGCAACUCCAAAAGAGCAUCCCUAUGCGUCUCACAUCUCCAAGUUUGCGAUGUUCCCAUCCUUCUGCUCCCCAGAUGAUCCUGAAACAGGAGUCAGAGCUGCCUCUCAAACUUACUUCAACCAGCUCAUCCCUUAUAGUGCGCCGGACGUCACUCUGCUGAGCAAAACUAUAGGUAGUCCAUACAGACAUGAGGUCUUGAGGACACCCAUGAAAACCAGGAAGAAAGCUGUUAUGUGGACUGGAGAACACGGCUUCUUGGAUCAUACAAAGCCACUGAAGGGAGACAACCAAGUUUUCUACCCCACUCCUCCAAAGACAGUGCUGCCCAACCCUAAACUUCGUGACUGGGAUUUGUCGUUAUCUGAACGGACUAGCAACAUGCUGAAAAAUUUGGAAAGGUCACUCUGGAUCACCUCCUACCAAAUGCACCACACAGGAUCAGGUCCAGCGAAUCCUCUUAAGAUAGAUAACUUUAAGGAAAAAAUCAGCGACAUUCCUGGGGCAAAUCCAUGUACUGCACCACUGAGUGAGAAGUCCUUUCCUGUGUUUGUUCCCUCUAAACCCAGAGGAGGAUGCAGAAGAAGACAGGGGAGCACCUGCUGUCCUGCUGCUACUGAACUCCCAAAUCUCUCUAUAGCUCCAGACCAAGGUACUGCUUCAGCUACUAUGAACCAACACAGGCCACAAGAGAUCACAGCUCGAAGUAAUAAGGCACCAUAUCCAAACCAAAGAGGUCAUAGUCUAUCAAAGUAUAGCUCUGGCUCCACAGAGGCACAGAGCGCUGAGCUGUCCCAGGAGGUCUUACACAAACAACAAACUGAGAGCAAAAGCUCUGCAUAUGGGGGCAGGAAGAGAGAAAACUGCCGAGUCCAUUUUAAUGUAAGUUCGAUGCAAGCAUCUAUGUCACAGAGCAGCCAAGAGGCUAACGCUACCACAGAGCGACCCCUGGACGUGAACAACUACCCACUUUCCCAGGAAGAGAUGGAGGUCAACAGGGAGAAAAGCCUGUGCGUAAAGGAUGAACCAAGGAGCAAAAAGGAGUAUUUUAAUGCUGGAAGAAAUCUAUCUAGCAUUAGUCAGUCAGCCAUGGCCAAAGACCUGGCAGGUAGUGAAUCACAUGCUGAGUUAUCAUCAAGGGCCACUUCAGAGCAGGAGAAACUGGCAAAGAGCAGAGAGCUGCCACACAGUAUCUGUAACCCCUGCAUUCUGCCGAGGCCCCCUGUCCUGCCUGGCCUUCCCUCAGGGGACAGAGUUGCGACUGUGGGUGGAGAACACGCAGCUCUUUGCCUCCGAGACAUUCAAAAUUCAUUCAGUAAGUCAAAGGCUCAUCACGACUUUAACAGCUCCAUCACACAUGCUGCUGUGAACCUCAGGGAUAAUGUAGUCACCGGGAAAAAACACAACUUCUAUGGCAUAAACAGUUACUACCUGCAUGGAUAACCUAAUCAAUGGACUUGCACUGGUAUAGCAUCUCUCAUAGCCCUUUUACACUAUGUGCAACAUUCACCCAUUCACACACAUAGUGGCCGAGGCUACCAGUACAAGGUGCCACCUGCUACUCAAAUGAAAACAUUCACUUGCACUUAGUGGACCAUUAGUGGACAAACCACUCUAACGCCUGAGUCACAGCCGCCCCAUUAUAGAUAAUAGUCAUAAUGAUUUGAAUCUUAGAAGCAAGAAUAUACCUCAAACUUAAACUGAAUACUUUAAAGUCAGACUUUAAAGUUGAAACAGACAUUGUUUUUAGGAUUGCAUAGUGAAAGUGAUGCUUAUUAGGAACCAGUCUAAAUGCUGAUGAUGUAGUUAUUCUGUAGCCAUUACACUGUACAAUCAAUAUUUACUUCAGACGUUAAAGCAAAACAUUUUUCUAUUUCCACUUUUAUU